UGCGGGCGGAGCUUAUAUCUCUUCUCGCCCUUUUCUGUCCAGCUCUACCGUCGCGGCCUUCUCUUCUCUACGCUGCUCUGCUCUUGUUCCUCCGAUUUGCCUCUUCUUUGAUCUCAGAUAACUUCUCCGGUGGGUUAGGUCAAUCUCCUGCCGGAAAUUUACCUUCGAAGUUACGGAAAAUGAAUCAGAUGCAAAAUGAGAGCGGGGAAACAAGAAUUCAAGAGGACCUUAAUGAUUCACCAUCUAUUGAAGAAGGCAGCAGCUUGAGUUCACUAAGUGGAGGAAAUCGGGUUAUGAAGAAGGGACCUUGGACAACUGCAGAGGAUGCAAUUUUGUUGAAUUAUGUUAAGAAAUAUGGUGAAGGAAAUUGGAAUGCUGUUCAGAAGCACACAAGUCUCUCUCGAUGUGGCAAAAGUUGUCGUCUACGAUGGGCUAAUCAUCUCAGGCCAAAUUUAAAGAAAGGUGCCUUCACACCGGAGGAGGAACAACUGAUAAUUGAACUCCAUGCUAAAAUGGGAAACAAAUGGGCUCGUAUGGCUGCACUUAUGCCUGGUCGAACUGAUAAUGAAAUAAAGAACUACUGGAAUACAAGAAUAAAAAGACGCCAACGUGCUGGUUUGCCUCUAUACCCUCCUAAUAUAUGCUAUCAAGUUCCAGAGGAAAAUCAGCAAUACAAGAAUUCCAAUGAAUAUAUGUUCAGUGACAAACAGCCCAAUGAUUGCUUUCAAGGAAGCAAUUUUGAAAUUCCUGAUAUUGUACUGAACAACUUCAAUGUUAACCAUGGGUCUCUAUAUAAUGCUUCGCCUUUCUCAGGUAUACAAGUUAAUAGUCUACUCAGUCAGAGUUUUGGACCCCAGAACUGUGCCUUGGGAAAUUCAACAUCGAGUUACAUGAAGCACUCCGAAAAGCUAUACCCAGCCUUCCCCGGUAGUAUCUCUGAUGGGCAUUCUAGGUUUGAACAUAUGGUGCUAGAGCCUCCGGGAAAACAACUGACUUCCAUAUUAGGUUAUCCCUGUGAUCCUGAUCCUAGGAAGAACCUACCAAAUUUUGGAGGAGCAAUCCCUGGUAGCCAUGCCCUUCUAAAUGGCAUAUUCUCUGUUCCUAGUCCUUUUCUUGGGUCUUUGGAUUCGGAGCUCCCUUCAUUCCAAUAUACAGAAACUGAUGGUAGUUGCUGGCCUCCAUGCUCAUCCACUCUUGAAGCAACUGAUACGUUGGGUGAUUCUCCCUCAGCAACUAUUUCAUUGCAAUCUGAGUGUGUUUCACCAAGGCGAAGUGGUCUACUGGAAGCAUUGGUUCACGAAGCACAGACAAAAAGUAACACAAAUAAAGAACCAUCCAUCAUACUGAACAAUGUGGCUGCACUAGAUCUAGAGCUAGAGAGUGUCAAUGAGAUAAAGUUGGAAAGCCAAAGUAAUCCACCUAUUUCUUCUUUGAGUCGAUCUGCUGGUGUCUUCAGUUCGAGCACCUCUCUGAUCAGUGCUGGUUCUGUUGAUGAGUUUCCAUAUCCUAACAUUCUUUCAGGUUCAGGCAACAUGAUCGCAACUGAAAAUUUUUCUUGUCAUAAAGUUGGGGAGAGAGGCACUUCAUUCAAAGUAGAUUUCUCAAGGCCGGAUUCUAUACUCGGAUCAGUUUGGCUUGAAUAUGAUUCUUGUCGUGUGAAGGAGCACACUGUCCUGAACGACUCCCUUGCAACAUUGCUAGGUCAAGAUGUGUGCAGCAACUACAAACCUGUACCUGUACCUGUACCUGUUGGAUCAUCAUCUUCUCUCAUGCUGGGAGUUGGACUCGACUCAUACCAGUGGAAUAAAAUGCCUCAUGCAUGCCAAAUGCCUUGAUUCCUUUGAGGUCUUAUAAUGAGAUCGUAUUUGGUUUAUUUCUGUGAGAAUAAUGCAUCGUUUGUAUUCCAUUACAUUUUGUUUCUAUUUGGGUUUUACUUGUGGUGGAGAGCUGCUGUUCUGAAUGACAGGAUGAUGACUGUUUUGUUCGUGUGCAGUUUAAAUGUCUACAACAACAAAUCAUAAGACCUGCUAUAUGAAUCUUAUUUUGUCAUGCCCUUCCAUAGCAAUAAUAAUACGUAGUUGGAAUGAUAAAA